UCAUCGCGGACCGCGGUUAUUUCAGUUUUUAGUUUUACCGGCAAUCUGCCCAAUAUCAAAUGUUUAAUCUAUUUCAACUUAUAGUGCCUUUUUGGUCCAUCACAGUUCUCACCACUGAGUACAAUAAUAAUUUAAUAAUAAAUACUACUUUCGCGUUGUACAAGUAGUAUAAAAGUUAAGACAAAGUCUGUUAGAGCAACAUUCCAAUGGAAUCUGAAAGUAUCCUAAAAGAUUUAAAUGAACUAUUACCAAAAUCUAUCCUUCAGGAAGUGGCCUGUUUUUGUUUUUAUGAUAAUCAUCCCAGAGAUUCCCGAAAAAUAGAUAUCGUUGUAUGUACUAAACGCGGAGAAGUGAUGGAGUUUCAUCAAAGAGAACUUGUUUCGUCUCUUUUGUUAGAAAACACAUCGGACUUCAUCGAUAUAAUUAUUCUCCGUAAUGAAAAUUGUGAAUUAUUUUAUUUCGUGCAUACCAGUUCCCAAAUAAUUAUUUUAUCUGUCAAAGAAGAAAUAAGCAUUCACAUUUUAAUAAGUAAUGUAGAAAGAUAUGAAUUUCUUGAUAUUGAUUUCUCUGGCUUGCCAUGUCUUAAGGUCAUACGAAAAGAAGAUGCUGUGCCAUUUAUAUAUGACUGUAAUUUUAAGCUUCUGGGACCUGUGAAAGUACCAAAACUAGAAUUUGAAACUUUUCCUAUAAUGUCACAACUGGCAAGAAAACUUACUGAAGCAAAAUACAAUGUCAAGCAGAAUCAAGCUACUCUAGACGAGUAUAUUAAAAUUAAACAAACAGCAGCUUAUUGCUUGUAUGAAAGAAAUACUCCAAAUACUGAAGAAUCCUUUUUUACAUUAGGAUCAACCUCUAUAUCUAAGGUGUUAAGUAUACAUACUCAAAAACCACUGGUCAAGGGAUGCAAUAAAAAAGUUACUAUUAUUGUUAACAUAAAAAAUGAAAAUAAUGUGCCCAUUGAGAAUAUACAUAUUCUCUUUCAUGGUACAGACAACAAAACCAUUACAUACACGACAAAACUCUAUGAAGAAUCAAACAAAAUUUGGAAAGAAAUACCACAUACAAUAAAGAGUAAUCAAGAAUGUUUUGUUCUUGCUGUAUUAGAUAUGAGAGAAUUGAAAUAUAGUGUGUCUAGUAAAAUUGAAUUUGAAGCAGUGUUGUCAUUUACAAAACUUGGUAGUAGUUACGUGUUGCCAUUAGAAAAUAUUUCAAUAUCUGUUAUGGAGACAAUGAGGGAGGAUUUUGAAUUGCUAAUGAGCAAUGAAGAUAGCAAAUUGAAGGUAUUAGGUCUCAUGGCUACUUCUGAGAAAAUGGAACUUAUUUUGAGACAAGUAGAUAUGGAAGAACCAGCUGUAAAUAUUCUGGAAAUUCUUUGUAAACACUUAAAUAUGGAAGCCGUGGAUAAUGUGGAGAAUGUCUUAAUCCACAAGAAAUCUCCUGCUCAUAUACUUCAUGGCUUGACAUUAGUUUUGAUGGAAGAUAAUAAGAUGGGUAGUUUCAAAAUAGAUGUUUACUCAAGGUCGACCGCACAAGUACUGGCAUUCAUCCUCUACAUGUAUGACAGGAUUCCACACAGAAUAAUGGCAACACUGCCAGACCACAUUGUAUCUGCCAAAACCAGUGAUUUAGCCCGUUUCAAUAGCAACACUGAAAUGUUAAUUGACACCAAAAACUAUGCGUCAAGCCUAUUAAAUAUAUCGAAACAAAUAUUGGAAUAUUUCGAUGAGUGUAUGAUAAAAAUGAAUAAUAGUACAGAACCAGAGAUUAUAGCUCAAAUUGGCAAACAAAUUAAUUUAUUGUCUGUGGGGUUGCCAGAGUUUUUGAAGUUUCGAAACAAAGUAAUAGAAGAAAGUUCGAAUGGAGUGCAGACAUUAAAAAUGGAGACAUUUUCUGAAGAUAUGUCGAUUGAAUGUUUAGAUGUAUAAAAUGGUGAAAACCUAAAAAAAAGGUACUCAAAGUGCCAUAUUUAGCGAGUAAGAAAUGUGAUAUUAAAUUUCUAUAUAAAGAUAAUUGUACAAAUUCUAGCGAACAAUUCUAAAGAAGAAAAAAUAGCGUUAAGCAUGGAUUCUGUAACUGAAAUAAAACUAUUGUUCGUUAUCGUUAUCGACUUGAAUAGCGUCUACCUCCGCAAAAUUGUGAUCUCCGUAGAUUAAUUGUCAAGGAAUAUUCAUAACAAAAAGUGAUAUUAUUAUAGUUGUUAAAUUGUAAAAUUUGCCUUAUAGGAUAAAGCAUCAUUCGUUGUAUCAGAAUUACUAUAAACGCCACAAUCAUUGUAUACAGGGAUUGUGGUAAGUUUCUAAUGAUAAAACAUAGAUGGCGUUGUUAAGAACUUUUCUCUUGUAUCAGUAAUUUUAUGUUUAUAUUACACUUGCUAAGAAAAUACGUCAUCACUGGAUGUGACAGACUUCGACGCCGAGAGGAUGAUUUUCUUUUAAGCUCACAACAAAAAGUUUUUAUAUGUGCCCUACUAAACUGGCCACUUAUUUUUGCGUAUAAAAAGGAACUGGCACAGGCCAUUAAAAAAAAGAAACUACAACAAAUUAUUGUUUUUUAUUAUUUUUAUAUUUCGAUUUUCACUUUCCUCGUCGUGUGAAAUACAGGAUACAAGUGUUGGUUGCUGUAAAAUCUUCAAUAUCAUACAAUUAGAUAUUAUAUUUGUCUACAAUUUUACAAUGACAUUUACUUUCCAAUCAGUUCUUGUUUUAAAUCAUAGAUGGCGUUGUCAGCUAGUUUGCAUGCAUGAUGGCUGUGAUAUAAAUAAAAAAACAAUUGAAAAUAAAAUAAUUUUAAUUA